AUGAGAGAACAUAGCAGUCAUGACGACUCCGACAGCGACUCCGACGUAGACGCGCUCCUCGAUUUCCCGAGAGAGCCUGUGGCGGCCCGCUCAAGAGGCAAUGGCCCCAAUGGCCCGUCCCUCGCUGCCGUAGCGGAGGGCGACGAAGCCGCCAUCCGGGACCCUCCGGCUGCCCUGCCGUCUCAACAGGAGGAUGCCCACAGCAGAAAACCAGUGGCGUGGAGCGAGCUGCCCCGGAAGGACCAGCUAGUCAUCAUCACACUGGCCCGUAUGAGUGAGCCCCUUGUACAGACCUCGUUGCAGUCGUACAUGUUCUAUCAGCUCAAGUGGUUCGACCCGUCCCUUCCCGAUGCGACCAUCUCGAGCCAAGCCGGGGUUUUGCACGCCAGCUUCAUGGCUGCGCAGUUCCUAACGGCCAUGCUCUGGGGCCGCGUGGCCGACUCGCACCGCGCCGGCCGCAAGACCGUUUUGCUGGUAGGCCUUCUGGGUACGAGCGUGUCGUGCCUGGGCUUUGGAUUCUCCACAACGUUUUGGCAGGCGCUGGUGUUUCGCACACUAGGCGGCAUGACCAACGGUAACAUCGGCGUCAUGCGAACCAUGAUCAGCGAGAUCAUCCGUGAAAAGAAAUUCCAGGCUCGAGCGUUCCUCCUCCUACCCAUGACCUUCAAUAUCGGCGUCAUCAUUGGACCAAUCCUCGGCGGCAUACUCUCUGAUCCAGCGGGCAGCUAUCCCGACGUCUUUGGAGGGGUGCCCUUCUUCGAAAAGUUCCCCUAUGCCACUCCAAACAUUGUAUCGUCCUUCUUCCUUCUGUGUGCCGCCGUCGCUGUGUGGCUCGGCCUCGAGGAGACACUCGACUCCCUGCGCGAUGGCACCCAAGACCUCGGAUUCCGACUGGGCAAGAAACUCACGAGGAGUGUCAAGGGGAUGUUUAAAAGAUCGGACAGAGGCGGAGACUACCAGAGUCUCCUGACCGAAGACGUCGAGCUAAAUGGCGAGGAAGCCGUCGUCAAACCCCCCGUCAAGCGCUACACGCAGCGACUCGCCUUCCGUCGCAUCUUCACCCGGAACGUCGCCCUGACGCUGUUUGCGCAAUUCUUCCUAAACUUUCAUGUUGGGACCUUCAAUUCCCUGUGGUUCGUGUUUCUGUCGACGCCGGUAUGGGAUCCCGCGAAAUCCGACCACAAGCCCCGACUGCCCUUCUUCUUCACGGGUGGCAUCGGCCUUCACCCCCGGUCAGUCGGAAUUGCCAUGGCCAUCCUGGGCGCUAUUGGCAUAACGAUGCAGCUGUUCCUCUAUCCACGGAUAUCGGCACGUCUCGGCACCCUCAAGUCGUGGCGGUACUUUUUGCUCUGCUUCCCGUUCACGUACUUUCUCGUGCCGUACCUGUCCGUCGUGCCUAGCACCACGGCGCCGCCGUCAGCAAAGACCGGGCCCGCGAUAUGGGUUGCCAUCAUCGGGCUGCUGUUCAUACAGGUGACUGGAAGGACGUUUGCGCUCCCCAGCCAGGUCAUCCUCGUCAACAACUGCUCGCCCCAUCCCAGUGUCCUGGGCACCGUCCACGGCAUAUCGCAGAGCGUCAGCAGCGCAGCGAGGACCAUAGGCCCCAUGGUGGGCGGUGUGGUGUACGGCUUCGGGCUCAGCAAUGGCGUCGUCGGGCUUGUGUUCUGGGCACUUGCCUGCGACGCCAUUUGUGCGUGCCUGGCCAGCUUGCUAGUCAAGGAAGGAGACGGGCAUGAGAUAUGGCUCGAGGGCGACGAACAAGACGAAGAGUCCCCCGGGACACACAAUUAG